AUGCGAGGUGAUGUGCCGUUGGCGUUCGCGGUGGCGGUGAAAGUGGCCACCACCAGCAGCGUUGGCAUCAUCGUCUCCUCUAGCAACUCCCUGCAAUAUGAGCGAACAGCGCUCAUGGAAGAGGGAGUGACACCUUGGAUAGACCGAGACCACAAGUACUUGGAUGUGCCA